GUCUUUGACUUCCUCGCUUAUAUUGUGUGGGGGGAAGCUGCACACGUUGUUUCUGCACGCUUAAACAUUCGGUUAAAACACGAUUCUCCUGGUUCAGGAGAACUCAGAUACAAACAAAGUAUUCUUGCUGAAGUUUGUUAUUCACAGCUUGCGAAAACAUGUCGGCCUCGGCGGCUAAAGUGAGUAAAAAGGAGCUGAACUCAAACCACGACGGAGCGGAUGAAACCUCCGAAAAAGAACAACAGGAAGCUAUUGAACAUAUUGACGAAGUUCAAAAUGAAAUCGACAGACUGAACGAGCAAGCAAGUGAGGAGAUACUAAAAGUAGAACAGAAAUACAACAAACUCCGCCAGCCGUUCUUCCAGAAGAGGUCAGAACUGAUCGCCAAAAUACCCAACUUCUGGGUCACUACUUUCGUCAACCAUCCACAAGUUUCUGCCCUUCUAGGAGAGGAAGAUGAGGAGGCACUUCACUAUCUCACCAGGGUGGAGGUGACGGAGUUCGAAGAUAUCAAGUCAGGCUACAGAAUAGAUUUUUACUUCGACGAGAACCCAUACUUCGAAAACAAAGUCCUUUCCAAAGAGUUCCAUCUGAAUGAGAGUGGAGACCCAUCUUCAAAGUCAACAGAAAUCAAAUGGAAAUCGGGAAAGGACCUUACCAAGCGCUCCAGCCAGACACAGAAUAAAGCUGGGAGGAAGAGGCAACAUGAGGAGCCGGAGAGCUUCUUCACCUGGUUUACUGAUCACUCUGAUGCCGGGGCAGAUGAGCUUGGAGAGGUUAUUAAGGAUGACAUCUGGCCUAACCCUCUGCAGUACUACCUGGUUCCAGACAUGGAUGACGAGGAGGGUGAGGGUGAAGAUGAUGAUGAAGAUGAGGAAGGUCUUGAAGACAUUGAUGAGGAGGGUGAUGAAGAUGAAGGGGAGGAUGAUGAAGAGGAUGAUGGAGAUGAUGGCGAGGAUGAUGAUGGAGAAGAUGACUGAACCAGACAUGAUCUACCAAUUUCUUUUCCUAUUGUCCCCCUUUCGGUUCUUCACCCAUAUUUGGGAACAAAAUUAUUUUUUUAUGUCUGUGCUUCAUCUCAUUUUGAAGCCCUCUCUCCUGUCCGUGCCAUGUUAAGUUUCUUUCACUCACAUGAAGCUUAAGGCAAAAGGUUGCCUCGAAUUUUAAGUACCACCUCAAUUCCAACAUUCAUCUCAAAAAUAAAAACCUAAAAAACAAAAAAAUAUAGAAUCAGCUCAUCAUCCUGAGUAGUUUUAGGAAUAGCAAUUUAUAAAUAUAAUUUCUGCCUGUUUAAAGUUUUGCUAUAAGUGAUCAAAGCCAUGGUGCAGUGACUUAGCGCUAGCAGCCAGAACUCCAGUUUUUCAAAUUUUCUUCAGUUUGGGAGUAGAUCCCUCAAGUUCUGUAAUUUUGUUUUUUCUUUAUUUUGCCCUAUGUGGUUAAAAUGAACAGAAAGUACCAGCUCAUUCCUAUCACCUCUUGUAAUGUUUGGGGUCAAAGUUAGGGUCGGAAAGGGUUAUAUCUUGGGUGUUGAGGGUGGGCAUGUGAAGUCAGUUCUAUGGGAUUUGUUUUGAUUUUCAUUGUAUUGUUUUACAGAUAUCCAUGAGAUGACAUUUUUAAUAAAGAACACAAAACCGAAAAAAAAGAGAAACACUUGUACAUUUUGGCCCCCACUACUUCUUGGAAAA